AUCCUAAAACCAAGGAGAGCCGAAGGCGCGUAACCAAGCAACGAACGGAGCAGCAAGAACUCAGCGCCAUGGCCAUGCAUGGAACCAGAAGCGGGGGGUUAAAUUGUUGGCUCCUCUUCCUCCCCCCUUUAAAACCCAACCCCGACCGGAUGCAAGAACCCAUCAACCUGCAAUAUCCUCCUCCGAGCCGCCGCCGCCGGUCGCCUGAUCCUCUCGUUCUCCUCCCCUCGACCGCCGCCGCCCUCCCCAGUAUAAAUAAACAACACUUCGCCGAGAGGGCGGUCGAAUAAGGAAGAAGGUCGAGACCGAAGAACAGAGCACCCAUGGCGCGGCCCGCAUCCAUCGCCCUGACCGUUGGCGUCGUCGUCGUCGUCCUCGCCGCCGCUGUCGCCGAGGCUGAGGCCCAGGCCCGCGUCCUCAUCAGCCCCGACCAGCUCGUCAACGCCGGCGCCGCCAAGCCUGCCGACUACAUCUUGGCUCAGAAAUCCCGCAAGCUCGCCGCCAAGGCCGAGACCGCCAAGCCCGCCGACUACAUCCUGGCCGCCCAAAGCAAGCUCGGCGCCGCCCUCGUCCACCCCGCCGCCGUCAACCUCAACAUCCAAGCCUGCGACCAGCUGGCGGCGUACAAGAGGGCGUGCUACACGCUGGCGCGGCUGCCGGGCGUGACGACGCCGCGGGAGCUGCUGGAGGCGGCGGUGCGGGUGUCGCUGGGGCGGGCGAGGUCGGCGAAGGUGAUGUUCGCGAGGGCCAAGCAGCAGUCCAAGGCCGGGAAUCCCAUGGCGUCCAUCCUCAGCUCCUGCGGUGAGAACUACGACGACCUGGUCAACGCGCUGGAGGAGGCGCAGCGGAGCAUCGAGAAGCACGCCAGCAGCGCCACCGUCGUCAGCAAGCUCUCCGCCGCCAGCACCUUCGCCGGCGACUGCGACAACUGGUUCGAGGAGCGGAGCAUCGCGUCGCCCUUCGAGGUCAUGCAGCGACACGUGGCGCACGUCGUCUCCGUCGGGCUCGGGAUCGCCGCCAACGCCAAGCAGAUCUGAACGGAUCAAAAUCAACGGACCAGAUUGAUCAAAAUGUUGAUUUUGUAAAAGAAAAAAAAGGGGAUCGAUGGUGCUGUCUGUCUGUAUGUAUAUGCCGCACUUGAAAAGUAUAUUAUGUGCGUGUGUGUGCAUCAACAUUAAAGGCUUGAGGGAGUUUGUAGUGCUAGUGUAUACGUUAUGCUAACACGGCAAGCAGGUUGACCUCGUUAUAUAUGUAUUUCACAUCGAAAUCAAAUAUAAAUAGCAGCUUUCAUAUUU